AUGGACUUCAACCUCCGCCUGACCAGGGUCGCGUGCGCGGCGGAGGAGCUGAAGAGCUCGCGGGCGCAGGACCUGGGAGUGGGUCAGGCCGCGUUGGCCUUGUCUGCGAAUCAAGCGCAGAAGCCGUUCAGCACCAGCAGUCUUCCGGUGCUGAGACCAAGGCCCAGGGAGUCUGCAACACAAGCGUACUUACAUUUUGGUGCCCGCUCCCUUACCCCUCAUUUCCUCCCUCCUUUUUCUCCUGCGGGGAGCCUCCCAGGCAUCAGCGGAGAGAGGGAGAGAGAGCCCCUAACCCUUUGA